GACGUUUAAUGUCAGACCGUUUAAUUGGUUACUUCUGAUAAGUUUCUUCAAAAUAAUUUGUUGUUGUGGCAAGUGAUAUUAAUCUAAUUUAGCAAGAUGGAUUUCUUUACAUCUAUACCAACUCACAUAGAUUACGUCGGACAAGCAAAAGCAGAGAAAUUAUACAGGGCAAUAAUUACAUUGUUCAGUAUAGUUGGUUUUGUAUGGGGUUAUAUAGUUCAGCAAUUCUCGCAGUCAGUGUAUAUUCUUGGUGCCGGAUUUCUGCUUGCUGCCAUUCUUACUGUUCCUCCAUGGCCAAUGUACCGACGCAAUCCUCUGAACUGGCAGGUUCCUAAGAACGGUGAUGACAAACCAGCAGCCAAGAAAGGAAAGAAGUGAAAUCCAUUAUCUCAAAAUUUGUCUGUACAACUUUUACUUCUCAAAUAUAUCCAAUAGUUAAUAAGUUUUAA